AUGGGUGGAAGUGGAGCAGGCAAAACGACUUUGAUGAAUAUUUUGGCAUUUCAGAGCUCUAAGGAAAUCGAGAGUAAUGGAGCAGUACUUGUAAAUGGCAAAGCAAUGACAAAACUCGAUAUGCGACGGAUGUCGGCAUACGUCCAACAGAUAGACCUAUUCUGUGGAACAUUGACCGUAAAAGAACAGUUGACGUACUCUGCUUUGCUGCGAAUGGGAAGCCGGUAUACAUAUGCUCAGAAGAUGGAAAAAGUCGAAGAAGUUAUUAAAGAUAUGAACUUGACUGAAUGUCAGGAUACGCUCAUUGGCAUACCUAAUCGAAGUAAAGGUAUAUCUGUUGGUGAAAAGAAGCGUCUAGCAUUUGGUAGUGAGAUAUUAACUGACCCUCCCAUAUUGUUUUGUGACGAACCAACUACAGGCUUGGACGGAUUCAUGGCUCAUCAGGUGGUGCAAGCCCUUCAAUUGAUGGCUGAAAAAGGUAAAACAGUGGUUACAGUUAUUCAUCAACCUGGCAGCACCAUUUUCAACAUGUUCAGCAGGGUAUGCUUUAUGGCUCUGGGAAAGGUCGCGUAUUGUGGCAAUGUCAAGGAUUUGAUCACAUUUUUUAAUGGACUCGGUCAUCCAUCGUUGCGAGUGCCAGAGUCGCAUAAUCCAGCCGAUCACGUCAUUGCCAAACUCGCUGUCAACAACGAUACCAUUGUUGAUGAUGUCAAGCGUGUUAAUUACAUAAUCGAUAAGUUCGAUGAGAGUGAUGCAGCCGAAGAAUUGAAGGAACUGAUACGAAAGACAUCUAUCAAGCCAGAAGACGAAGAUGAAGACGAGAACGAAAAGCAUGGGAUGUAUGCCGUUUCUAUGUGGGUCCAAAUGAACGUACUAUUCCGUCGAGCAUUUCUGACAACAAUUCGAGAUCCAGUGCUGCUACAAGUUCGGUUUCUUCAAGUGGUGAUCACUUCUGUCGCUAUUGGUAUCGUUAAUUUUCGUACUGAAGUCUACGGACCAUCGAUACAGAAUCUUGAAGGAGUUAUGUACAACUGUGUUCGUGAUAUGUCAUUUCUAUUCUUCUUCCCUUCAAUAAACGUUAUAACGAGUGAGUUGCCGUUAUUCAUGAGAGAAUGCAAGGCACGAAUCUAUUCAGCUGAAGCUUACUUCAUUUCUAAGUCUUUAGCCGAGGUAUGUAAGUCAUGCUACAAAAUUCAUCCUAAUCGAAUAAAGCCUUCAGUAAGGUUUCAGGUGCCGCAGUACAUUUUGUUGCCGUUUAUUUACUCAUCUAUACUCUAUUGGAUGACAGGUUAG